GCUGCCCUUCGCCGUGUGAUUCACUCCACUUCACUCCUCAGCAUUUCCACUGAACUAGCACUCCAAGCAGAGGAAGAAGGAGAAGAAGAGAGGCUCUAGCAGCCAUGGGAGCUCAAAAGAAGGGUGCGAGGGCUCAUCUCCUGGCGAGCUUCCUGCUCGCCGCGUUGGCCACUCAGGCAUUCCUUGUCUCGGCCAGGACUGCCCCCUCGACGGACAAUGCAAGCCAAGAUGAUGUGAAGAAGCCGGACUGCGUGCCGUCGCUGGACCCGCACUCGUUCCCGGGCCACGGGGGCACCACCAUACCGAUCCCGUCGCACGGCUCCCCCUCCGGCUCCGGGAGCACGACGCCGUCCUACGGGACUCCGCCGCCGUCACACAGCGGCUCAGGCUCGAUCCCCGACCCGUCGCACGGGGGCACGACGCCUAGUCCUUCUUCCCCGUCCCACGGCCACGGCGGGCACGGCCACGGCAGCUCGUCCUCCCCGUCCACCGGAGGCGGCGGCGGCUACGGGAGCUCCCCUUCCGCGCCUUCCACCGGCGGCGGCGCCUACGGCGGGAGCCCGCCUUCGUCCCACGACGGAGGCGCCUACGGCGGGAGCUCCCCGACCACGCCGUCCACCGGCGGAGGCGCAUACGGCGGGUCUCCCCCAGCGUCCGGAUCCACGACUACACCGUCGACGCCCAGCAGCCAUGGGACCGUGGUCGACCCCAACAGCCCCGGGACUUGCGAGUACUGGAGGUCGCACCCGAUGCAGAUUUGGUCGGCGCUGGGCGGGAGCUGGCCGAGCUCGGUGGGCCACUUCUUCGGCGGCGGCAGCGGGCUCGGGUCGGGCGUGAGCAUCCAGGACGCGCUGGGCAACACGGGCAACGACAGCUCCAGCGCGCUGCUGCGCGAGGCCACGGCCGCGCUGCUCAACUCCAUGACCCGGGCGGGGUUCCCUUACACGACCUCGCAGGUCAGGGACGCCUUCGCGGCGGCCGCGGCGCCGGGCGCGUCCGACGGCGCCAAGACCAAGCAGGCGGAGGCGUUCAAGAAGGCCAACGAAGGGAGCAAGGCGUGAUAUGAUGGAUGGAGAGAUGUACUAGACUGCUAGUACUAGCUGGAUAGCUAUCUGUGGCACGCGGCCAUGUUGUGUUUAAGGCGCGUUUUGGUUGUUUCGGGUUCGAUUGUUUGGGUUGUGUGUUUGGUGUUCUACGUGUGGGUUGGAUCUCUAUCUGUGUACUUGUGUUGUAAUGACGACGACUCUCGUCUUUAAGUUUUGCAGUGUUUCGUACCGAUAAAUCGCAUUGAGUUUGCGUCAGGUGAUUAA